AGCUCCCAGCCACUGUCACACACACCACUGCCCUAAAGUCAGGCCAUACUGUCUGCCCAGAACACCAAACCUGGCUCCACCAGGAGCAUAAGAAACUUCCCAGGAGUUGGAAAGAGAUGCCCUUUCUACCCCGAAUCAAAGUUCCCAUGAUGCCUGUCCAGAGCAAAUUCCCCAUUGGCUCAUGGGAUCCACCCCCUUAGGCUUCCUUCCACUGCCCGGCAGCUCUGUGAGAGGGGACAUUCCCUGAGGAGGCCAAGAGUCACAACAGAACCAUGACUGAGUCUACCAAGCCCAUCCUCUAUUCCUAUUUCCGAAGCUCCUGCUCAUGGAGAGUGCGAAUUGCUCUGGCCUUGAAAGGCAUCGACUAUGAAACAAUGCCCAUCAACCUCAUAAAGGAUGGGGGCCAACAGUUCUCCAAGGAAUUCCAGGCACUGAAUCCCAUGAAGCAGGUGCCAGCCCUGAAGAUUGAUGGGAUCACCAUUGGCCAGUCACUGGCCAUCAUUGAGUAUCUGGAAGAGACUCGUCCCACUCCACGACUUCUGCCUCAGGAUCCAAAGAAGAGGGCCACCGUGCGUAUGAUCUCUGACCUCAUCGCUGGUGGCAUCCAGCCCCUGCAGAAUCUGUCUAUCCUGAAGCAAGUGGGACAGGAGAACCAGCUGACCUGGGCCCAGAAUGCCAUCACUUCGGGCUUCAAGGCUUUGGAGCAGAUCCUACAGAGCACGGCGGGAAAGUACUGUGUAGGAGAUGAGGUGUCCAUGGCUGAUCUGUGUUUAGUGCCUCAAGUGGCAAAUGCUGAAAGGUACAAGGUGGAUCUCACUCCCUACCCUACCAUCAACCGCAUCAACAAGACACUCCUGGCCUUGGAGGCCUUCCAAGUGUCUCACCCCUGCCGGCAGCCAGAUACACCUGCUGAACUGAGGGCCUAGCUCCCAAACCCUGUCCUAUUGGCACAGGGGCAGGAGAGGGACACAGAAGCAGAAGCUGGUCAGGCUGAACAGGCUGGAAAUGAACACGUCAUGAGGGGAGGCAGGGCACUUGAAGUCACGCCCUUGAAUUUGAGCUCUAGCCCUAGACCGCCUUCCUGCUGAACCUCAUCUGCCUCAGUCCCCUCAUCACAUGCAUGUGGGAUGGGAGUGGGGAGAUGCCAGGAACCGGGUAGGCAGAAACAUUAUCUGCUCUCUGUGUCAUGAGGUGUCACAAAGAGGAAUGUGGAUUAAAGUGCCCGGCAAGUAUGCCAUAGCCCUCUUAUGCCUGACUCCAAAGAACAUCCAGACUGAAAUUUUGUCAUUAAAUUGAAGCCCAGCCCUCCACCUUAA